AUGCUUAAAGAAGAGUGUGGUUUCCCAGAUACUGUUGACUUUAGUGACAGAUAUAAAGAAGCUAUUGGAAAGUUCAAGGAUGGAAAUACUGACCCGAACCUAUUUAGCUUUAUGGCUCAGCACCAAAACGGAUAUAAUCUCAAACCUGGAAAAUACAAGCUCGCUAAGGGAUAUGAUUUAAUAGCAUAUCAUCCAAAUGACAUGGAUGAAUUUACUCCGAGAUAUUUGAUGUCAGAGCUAAAUGACAAUUCAACUUUCGUCAUGAAACGCGUAAAAAAUAGAGACGGAACGAAAGAACAAAAGCUUAUGAAUGCGGAUGACGUAGAUAGGGAAAUUGUUAAAAACGGUCUCGGAAUAUAUGAAAUGCCAGCAGAUGAGGUACAAGAAACUCCACAGGAAGAAAUAGUUCAGAUACAACCAGACAUGGAAGAAAUAGUUCAGCAACAACAGCUAGAAGAGCCUGAAGGAAACGAACAAGUCACUCCUUUGGAAACUAACUUCACAGAACUAGAUGAAGAUUUGGAACAGCCGAAAAAUCUUGACCCUCAACAAGAGUAUGCGGAGAAUAUGGAAUAUUUCCAAGAGUCUAAAAAAAAUUCGGCUGACAUAGUAGAAGAAUAUCGAAAAAUGUUUGCCGACAUACAAAAGACUCCAACACCAGAUGAAAAUAUUCAGCAUAGAAUGGAAGUACUGAAAGAAAAUGUACACAAAUACAACAACCCUUU